UGCCUUGCCGUUGACUCACGACAAGACAAGAAGAAGAUACUUCAAUAUUUUUCAAAAACUAAUCUUCUACAUGAUUCCGACUGUGACGAGAGCAUCUAUCAGACUUGUAUCCUUUAUUGAUGUGUCUGUCAAGCCAACUUGCUUGAGGUCAAGUGUUUUGUGUAGCCAUCUGCUUUCCAGAAGAAGAAAAUCAAGCGUUGGACAUUUUCAUUUAUAUACUUCAAGCAUAUCAGACACUCAAAUCUCAAGAAACACUAAAAUCCCCAGAAUGAACAAAGAUGAUAACCAACCAAUUGUCAUGGUGACAGGAAACCCAAAAAAAUUGCAAGAAUUUGUGGACAUUUUGGGAACAGAUUUCAAAUCUAAGGUUAUUAGUAAGGACAUUGACCUACCAGAGUUCCAGGGAGACCCUGAAGAAGUAGCAAGGUCAAAGUGUCAGCUGGCAGCUGAGCAUGUCCAGGGUCCAGUGCUGAUUGAGGACACCAGUCUGUGUUUUAAUGCUCUUGGGGGUAUGCCUGGCCCCUACAUCAAGUGGUUCCUAAAAAGUGUGGGACCAGAAGGUCUAUACAAGAUGCUAGCAGGAUUUGAAGACAAGACUGCUUAUGCAAUGUGUAUAUUUGCCUACAGCGAUGGAAAAAAGGACUCAGAGGUUAAGUUAUUUGUUGGAAAAACUGAAGGAUCAAUUGUGGACCCUAGAGGUCCGAGAGACUUUGGUUGGGACCCCUGUUUUGAGCCUGCGGGUUUUAAACAGACUUAUGCAGAGAUGCCCAAAUCAACCAAGAACACUAUAUCUCACAGAUACCGAGCUGUGGACAAAUUGAAAACCUACUUAAUGACUCUGUGAUGAUCAAAAUACAGAAUAAUUCAUGAUAUAUGUAUGUUUUAAAAUAAAGAUGAAAAUGUUA